ACUUGUUUUGCAACUGUUGUGCGCUUGUUAUUCAAGCAUAUUUUCUGUACGACUAGCCUAUAAACUGUGGUUACAAGAUUUUUUAACUUUAUCGAGCCAGUUUCCACUCGGUGUAAGCGAAGACAGAAAAUGGCCAACGUCGACCUCACUCAGGUUGGAAAGAACUUCGUGAAGAGCGCUGAAACUGGAGAGAGUGUGGAGCUCAGGUCUCUGUGGCAGGACCAGCCUGUGGUCUUGUUCUUCCUGCGCAGGUUUGGCUGUCAGGUGUGCAGGUGGAUGGCAUCAGAGAUCAGCAAACUGGAGCCAGACCUUACAGCCAGUGGUGUAGCGCUGGUGGGCAUUGGACCAGAGGAGGUUGGACUUAAGGAGUUCAAGGAAAGAGGGUUUUUUAAAGGAUCCAUUUAUGUGGAUGAACAAAAGAAAAGCUACAAGGAUUUGGGCUUCAAAAGGUACACAGCCUUAAGUGUGGUUCCUGCUGCUUUGGGGAAGAAAGUACGAGAUAUAACGUCAAAGGCCAGUGCUGAAGGAAUCCAGGGAAACUUCUCAGGAGAUCUAAUGCAGAGCGGAGGCAUGCUGAUUGUAGCAAGAGGUGGAGAAAAGGUUUUACUGCACUUCAUCCAGGACUCACCUGGAGACAACGUUCCUCUGGAGGAUAUUUCCAAGUCUUUGGGUAUCGCAGCCAAAGUAACGUCAGGACAGAGGCCAGUGUGCAAUGACGAUGUUUGUACACGAUGACCACACCUCAUACCUGAACAACACAACAACACUUUGGGAGACUGAAAUGGAGAUUUAACGAGGGGAACGUCAUUAAAUUGUUGAAGUGAACAUAAAACUAUUGCCAAUAUUCCUAAUUGCUUGUAAUUUCUUUGUGACAGUCAUAUAUUAUAUUAUCUAAAGUGAAAGUUGCGGUGACAUUCCACUAUGAUUGUAACCUUUUUAAUUGUAAUGAAUUUCAUUAAUUUUAAACUUAACUUACCUCACACUAACAUACUGAUCACUGAUUAUUAUUAAUUGUUUUUAUAUACUGGAAAUUUAUGAAGUUGCAUUUAUUACACUUAGUUUACAGAAUAAAAUGAUUUCUUUAUGUAUCUAAUUGUAAUAAGUGUAAAACUGAUGUGAUGUUUGCUUUAAAUAUGAAUUAUUAGUUAACUUAAAAUAAAUAAAGCAAGCUUAGUUCUACUAGUUCAUCAUUGCAGGUUGAGUUAAUAUCAUUUUGCAAUUUCAUGCCCUUAUGCAAAUAAAUCUAAGCUCUUAUGUGUAAUUGUUUCCAUAUGUGACAUGAGAGUUUAAAUAAAUGUAAGGAGGGAUCUAACUUUUUGAUAUGACAAAUGAUUAUCCUGCCUAUAUGCAAAAUUAAUUCUUCCAACAGCUCAUCUCCCACUGUCAUCUCUCCUAUUUCUUUACCUGAGGGUUAAAACUGAAAAUCGUUCGAGCAUGAAAAUUUACUCUUGACCUUUUAAAAAUUGUUUUUUUGACAAAAUAGUCCAAACUGAAUGUCUACUUCCCAGCUUUUCCUGCUGCUUUCAACCAUAUCAAAUGGAUGGAGUUUACUCAUUUAUCAUGAUCUGUUGACAUUGGAGCUCAGUGGCUGUUUGGAUUUAAUCAAUACAAUCAAUACUCCUCUUCCUUGUCACCCACUCUGACGGGUGAUGAAGAAACUUUGGAGGCUGCAAAUGCUGAAGUAGCAAAAGUGUAUGAACAAUUUGAUCAUCAUACACUGGUGAAUGAUAGUCACGUGCAGUAAAGCAACUGCUUCUGGUAUUAGAUGCAGGAGGAGUAGAUCAAUGAUACUUGGCUCUGGCUCUUUAGACGACUAUUAAACCUCCAUACAUUUAGGUGUCGUCCAAAACUGGUGCAUAAAUGUAACGAAUCACAACUGAAAGUUAGUCCAGUGAUGAUAUUUUACGAUACUGAUUGCUAAGUAUGAAAGAACUUUAGUGUGCCAAAACCACUGAGAGGCCAUAAGAUACAAUACACUGAAUAUUAGAGAAACUCCAGGGAGCUUGAUGUAAUUGAUGUAAAACAUCAUGAAACAAACUUCUCCAGCCCCCAGCUAAGAGUCUACUUUAAUGGCAUGGCCACUGUAUUUUGUUCAUAUUUGCAGACAGGGUAUGUACAAUACUUAAGAGAAUAAUAAGGCAUUAAAAAUGAAAUGACUGUUUAAAAGUAUAGAAUCAAGUUUAUUGUUUGACUGUUUCAACGACAGCUUUCUCAGUCCAAAACAGCAUCUAAUUUGUCAGCAUGUUCACUAUGAUGUUACGCCAGUCAUUAUAUGUGAUACUUGAUCCACUGACUUUCAGAAAUAACAGAAAACCCUCUAAUGUGAUCUGCAACACUUACACGGUAAAC